ACUUCUUCCUCAAACCUACAUGUACGUCCUUGUUUCAAAUUAGUUUGCAUCUGACAUCAUGGACAGCGGACUGGUGUUGUUUUGUGUUCUUGGAAUACUGAUCGGGAAUAUUGCAACUGCUUAUGAGAACAUAGCAUUAAAUAAGCCCGCCUGGCAGCAGUAUCCUUAUUCUCAUCACUCAUGGGGAGCAGAUAAAGCCGUGGAUGGACGGUAUUCAGACCCGUCUGCUUUAGGAGGACAAUGUACAAUAUCGGCCAAUAGAAAAACAACGGCAACCUGGUGUUUGGAUUUAGGAGAAGUACUCAGUAUUCACCAUAUAAUUAUAUACACCAGGACGGACAAUUUACCUUGGGACGCAAGUAACGGUUACACAGCCCGAUUCCAUGGCUUCUCUGUUUACGUUUCAAACACGACAAACAAAGACGAUGGAAUUCUAUGUUUUAAGGAUACAAAAUACACUAGGUCCACAAUACCAAACAAUGUAACCAUAGAGUGUGUUAAACACGGACGAUACGUCAUUUAUUACAAUGAAAGACUCCCGGGAGUUAGCUACCCUGAGGGAUAUUCGUAUUACGCUUUCAACGAGCUUUGUGAACUUGAAGUUUAUGGAUGUCCUUCCCCAGGAUUAUACGGAGAAAACUGUAAUAUACGGUGUCCACAGAAUUGUCAGGAUGGCCAUUGUAACAUUGUUGACGGGACUUGUCUUGGAUGCGUUGAAGGUUACAGGGGCUCACGAUGUGAAAAAAAAUGUGACAAUAAUAGAUAUGGACUUGAGUGUACCCUAACGUGUGGUAACUGUAGCAAUGGAGAACAAUGUGAUCACGUGAACGGAAGUUGUCCUCACGGAUGCGACAAAGGGGCGCAAGGAGAUAAAUGUAGAGAGGCUUGUCCUUCUGGUAGACAUGGAAAGAACUGUGUAGAGUUCUGUAAACCAAACUGUAGAGGAGGUUGUAACAGAUUUAAUGGUGUCUCCUGUUCUCACGGUUGGUAUGGUAGAGAAUGUAAAGAACGAUGUGGUUACUGUAGAGGAAACGAACAAUGUCAUCACGUGACAGGGUCCUGUUCUGGAUUGUGUGAACCUGGAUAUUAUGGAGAUCAAUGUGUAGAUAGUGUGUUUUACCAACACCUUGCAAAUCAAAGAGAAAUAAUUAAAUUAAUGAGAAGAUUCCUUGCUUUGAAAUUGCGCAAAAGUGAACUGAGAGAAAACGGCACUUCGACAGUUGACUUAAGCUGCGUGGACAGUCAACUUUCAAUUUUACUUCCAGAAAACAUAGCAUUAAACAAGCCUGCCUGGCAGUUAUAUCCUUAUCAUGGUCAUUCGUGGGGAGCGGAUAAAGCAGUGGAUGGGCGGUAUUCAAACCGGACAUAUGCAGGAGGACAAUGUACGAUAUCUGAAAAUAAUCAAUUCAAUGCCAUCUGGCGGGUGGAUCUUGGAGGAAUAUUCAGUAUACAUCAUAUAAUCAUUUACUAUAGGACGGAUGAUGUAGCGUGGGAGACUGGACACUCUUCUCGAUUCCUGGGAUUUUCUCUUUACAUAUCGAACACAACUAAUAAAGAUGAUGGCAUUCUAUGUUUUAAAGACACAAACUACACCAGAGGCACAAUUCCAGAUACCAUUACAAUAGAAUGUGUUAAACAUGGACGAUAUAUCUUCUACUACAAUGAGAGACUCCCUGGAGUUACCUACCCUGAUGGAUAUUCUGAGUACGCGUACAAUGAUCUAUGUGAAGUUGAAGUAUAUGGAUGCACAACCUCAGGGAUUUAUGGACACAGUUGUGAUUUACCGUGUCCACAAAAUUGUCAGGAGGGUCGUUGUAACAUUGUGAAUGGAUACUGUCUGGGAUGCAUAACUGAUUUCAAAGGUCUACAGUGUGAAGAACGAUGUGAAAAUGAUAAAUAUGGCCUUGAUUGUAGCCUCUACUGUGGUAACUGUAGCAAUGGAGAUCUGUGUAAUCACGUAAACGGAAGUUGUCCUAACGGAUGUGACGUCGGAGUCCAAGGAGAUACAUGUGUCGAAGAUUAUCUGACAGCUUGUCAUUUCGGAAGACAUGGAAAGAAUUGUUAUGCGUUCUGUAACCCAAACUGUAGAGGAGGCUGUAACAGAUUUACUGGAGUCUGCGAGUCUGGUUGUCAUCCUGGAUGGAAGGGAGCCUUCUGUGAAAAUGAAUGUGAUGGAUGGCGUUACGGUAAAGACUGCAAUAUCUCUUGUGGAUCGUGUCUUAGUUUUGAACAAUGUCAUCACAUCAAUGGGACAUGUUUACAUGGAUGUGACAGAGGAUUUCAAGGAGAAAAAUGUAAUGAAGCAUGUCCAGAAGAACGUUAUGGCUUCGACUGUCAGGACACGUGUAGCAUCAACUGUGGAGUCCUUGGUAGAUGUAACAGAGUUACAGGACAGUGUCAAGGAGGAUGUCAGGCGGGAUGGAAAGACACAAAAUGUGACAAGAAAUGUGACGGUGGAACUUUUGGUUUAAAUUGUAAUAAGACAUGUGGGGUUUGUCUUGAUAAAGAAGAAUGUCAUCAUGUAAACGGGAUAUGCUUGAAUAAGUGCGACAAAGGUUAUCAAGGAAUCUAUUGUACACAAGUAUGCCCGAAUGGAUUCUAUGGAUACAACUGCCAAGAGACAUGUAGCGCUGAUUGUAUAGUUCAAAAGGCGUGUGACGCAAUGACGGGGCAAUGUUGUG